AUUUUCUUGUUGGCUUUUUUUUUUUCUUAUUUAUUUACCAAUUCAAGAUCAACCCAGAUUGCUUUGCUUUGGAAAGAAGUGGUUUUUGGUGUUUCUUGGUAUCUUUUGCGUAUUUAUAUAUUAAUAUAAAAUAUAUUUGAUUGAUUGUUCUCUUUCUUUUCAGAGAGGUUUUAUUGGCAGGAGGACAAUUUUUAUCUCUUCAAAGGCUUUUGCUUUUUGUUUUCUUUAGUGAAACUCAAUGAUUUGAGAUUGGAAUAACAACAAAAACUGAUAUAGAUAGAAGAGAGAUAUUGUGAAUGGAAGACGGGGAAGCCAGAAGCAAGUUCAAAAGGGUGUGUGUUUUCUGUGGAAGCAACUCUGGCCACAGACAAGUCUUCAGCGAUGCUGCUCUUGAAUUGGGCAAUGAACUGGUGGAGAGGAAGAUAAACUUGGUGUAUGGUGGGGGAAGUGUUGGGUUGAUGGGUUUGAUAUCCCAGACAGUGUAUGAUGGAGGUUGUCAUGUUCUUGGGAUAAUUCCAAAAGCUCUCAUGCCUCUUGAGAUAUCAGGACAAACAGUUGGAGAAGUUAGAACUGUUUCAGACAUGCAUGAGCGUAAAGCUGCAAUGGCCCGAGAAGCUGAUGCCUUUAUUGCUCUUCCUGGAGGAUAUGGAACAAUGGAAGAGUUGCUGGAGAUGAUAACAUGGUCCCAACUUGGAAUACAUAAGAAAACAGUUGGUUUGCUAAAUGUUGAUGGGUACUAUAAUAAUUUACUUGCUUUGUUUGACAAUGGCGUUGAAGAGGGUUUCAUUAAGCCAGGUGCUAGGCAUAUAGUUGUCUCUGCUCCAACAGCCAAAGAACUUUUGAUGCAGAUGGAGGUAUGAGCCUAACAUUUUGUUGUGCCUUGUGAUUAAUUAGUUGGCCUUAUUUUCUCCUUUGCUAUAAAAAAAUGACUUGAGAAACUCGAGGAGAUGAAAGGAACGGCUAACCUGCCAGUUAAAGCAAUUCAAAACUUUUCAAAAACAUAUGGUCCAAC